AUGUCUAGCACCGACCAAACCGACGACGACCUCACCAAUGACAAGAAUAGCAGACCUCAAGUUCGCAGGCUGAACGUCGAGACUCCAAAAGAAAGGUUCUCAAGAGACGAGUAUCCCCCUGAGUCUUCUGCAUGGAGAUCCAAUCUGGCAGCAUGCUCACAGAGACGGAACCUACUUUUUGUUGCGUAUGUAUCCGAGAUCUAUGUCUUCAUACCAGCCGGGCAUUUGCAGCUUCUACGUCAUCAGCCUGAGAUGAUUAUUUCUCCUGUGAUGAAAGACCCGUAUGCAGAAGGCUUGCUUGACACAGAAAAUCCCCAUGCUAUCAACCAUCUUUUGGUGGAUGAGCUUGGUCAGGAUGAGAUAUUGCUGUUGGCUACUGACUCCGGCAAUGUCUGUGCCUACUACGUGGAGGCGAUUUACUCCAGCAUCACCCGGCACGCCGAUAAGGGGGCCAAGCGUCCUUAUGAUACUUCAGAGGUGAAGCCUUUCUUCUGUGAGGAUGUUUACAUGAGUGUGUGGGGCCUUGCAACGCAUAAAUAUGCUCGCCUUAUUGCCGUCAGCGCCAAUACUCAAGUGGUCACGGUAUUCGCAUUCGCACUUGAGACACCUAAGGGUGGAGUUACACCUUCUACAGACCCAAAUCUCGAUGACCCGGAUCAGCCCUGGAUCAAUAUUGAUAACAAUCACAACCUUCAGAGGCUGCAGACGAUGAUGCCGAAUAAUCAUCGGUCCCGGAAUUUACGACUCAGUUACAAGGGACACUAUGACAACAUUCCGUGCGUAUCAUUUGCGAACUUCGAUCUGGACGCCAAUGCCGAGUGGCUGGUCAGCACAGACAUAGCCAAUCGAGUCGUCAUCUGGCGGAUCUGGGAAGACUUGUUUCCGAUACGGGUCUAUUAUCCCGGCCACCCUCAGAACAAUCCUCCCGAAAGAGGCUGGGCCGUCCUACCGCUGGAUCCAAGAACAUUCAAGUCCUACAAAUUCGCCGAACAGGCUUGUGGUGGUGAUCCGGAAUCAAAAGUCAUCUCAGGCCGAACAAUCCUGGAUGUGUCGGAGGCGGUACCGCAGAUCGGCGACACGGCCCGGUACUUCAAGACCGGCAACAUUAAUUCAGAAGCUCCAGAGUAUUAUACUCUUCCCGAUGAUCUUCUUUCAGAAUCUACAGAGGUCGUUGAACCUGCUCAAAAUAUUGACCUGAGCGAAAAUGUAAACUACGCUGUGCUUCGGGCUUCCUUCGACUCACCUGAGGCAGGCACAGACAUAGAACUGGAAGAAGAUGACGCGGAAGAUGAGGAUAUGGAAGAUGAUGAUGCGGACAUGGAAAAUGAGGAAUCAGAAAAUGAGGACUCUGGAGAUGAUGACAUAGAAAAUGAGGACUUGGUCUCAUUUUCCGAGUCCUCAUCAUCGAAGUUACCUCAAGGCACCCGGGAUCGGCCUCGGCUGCAGAGCCUGUUUGAAGAUGAUAAUGCCGACUUCCCUGAGAGCCGAUACAUGGACAACAAUCUUCAUCGCCAGUUCGCCCGCUAUCCCAAGAAAUCCUACCGUCAGCAGCCUGGCUCUGGUCUCCGUCUUUUAAAAACCAAAUCUGUCCAUCAGUUUCUAGCAAGCUCACCUUCUUGCUUCCCCAUUCUUCACUUUUCUGAGCAUCACAUCAGCAUGGCCCCGUACCCCAUGGAUUCCAAUUAUCAGCUACUGUGCGCAAAUGCCCUCGCGCAACAAGCAGCUCCCUAUGAGGCCGCCAAUACACACCGUGCAUUUGCCAUUCUCGCAAACUGUGACCGGCUCAACAUGAUCAAGUACCUCCCCGAAGCCGGAAUUGUGGUUGCUGCCUCCCAAAAAGGUCGUGUUGCCAUUCUAUCUCUGACCUGGCAAGAGGACGUAGGCUUUGCGUUCCGGACUGACUGGAUUCUACCAUUCAAAUCUCAAGAAAACGACAGAGAACGCCCUCUGGUCCCACUGCUCGGCAUGGCUGUUAGUCCAAUGCCAGGUUUUGAAAACCCACCCGACAUCCUCCAUAUUCCCCAGGGAAUCGAUCCAGAUGAUUGGAUUUCUUUCAACUACCGUGCCAUGCAUUCGGAUGACACCAGCUCUUCAAAAUAUUCAUCCAACACCUCAAAUCCGCAACCCCAACCUGAACAACCCACUGAGUCGAUGGACCAGGAUGUCCCAAUGAUCCCGCCAAUGAUCCCGAGUGGUUCUAAUCAAUCGGAAAUAGAAAAUUUGUUCGAUCUGUUCGACAACACAUUGCUUCGGCUAUCUGAAUUAGAACGUACCCAUGCAUCUCGCCAGCAGCGUGAAACUGGAACUGAUGAAAAUCAACCAAAAAGCUAUUGGGACCUCAUCCUAGACCCUGUUCCCAACCUUCCAAAUCACGGUUACUCCCUGGCGGAGCUGCACGCUCAAGCUUCAGCAGCCCAUCACCCCCCAGAGCCCUGGCAUGGCACGCAUCCAUCCCGUCACUAUCGCAUUCUCUUGUUGUUCUCUGAUCACACCGUAAUGAGCUACGAGUUUUGGCAAGGGUGGAAGAGAUUCCCAGACUCUUCAUCUGCUGUGUCGAGCCAGAGACCGUGA